UGAGCAGCUCUCAUUCAAACAGCUGCCUGCACCAAGAGGUAAUUAUAUUAAUAAGGGCUUCCCUGGGGAAGAAUCUGUGUGACAUCAGAGGACAAGGCUAGGGUAGGAUCUCUGUAACGUGAGGAGCCUGCUACAGCCGAAGUAGUACUAGGGAACUGGCUGCAGUUAGAAGCUACUCUGGGACGUUUAUGGAGUAGGAGGGCAGGAGAUGCUUCAGAAGAAUUAUCAUGGGUUUCCUUCAAGGUUGACUUAAUGUUGACUAGUACAUGUGAGAGAUGACCUCAAUAGCCGAUUCCCUGCUGGACCCAUCAAAGUCUGCUUUCCUGGAGUUCAGCCAUGGACCCACAUCUUCCCCUCAGUCCCAACACUCUCCAGCCUUGGCACAUGGACAUUACCCACUGCAUGGCUUUCUUCCAACUGCUCAUGAGGGUCUCUUCUCUCCUGGAACCCCCAGUUUUGGAGGCAGGACUUUACCAUACCCUUAUGCCUCUUCCAGUCAUCACCAUCAGCAGCAGCACCACCAUAAUGGCAGUGCCUACCUGAAUUACCAGCAGUACACCAGCACCAUUGGCUCUAGUGCCAGGCUCCAUGAAGACCAAGAGAUGGAGAAAUCUACAGUCAUAGAAAACGGGGAGAUCCGAAUCAAUGGGAAAGGCAAGAAAAUACGAAAACCUCGGACUAUAUACUCCAGCCUGCAGCUGCAGGCUCUUAAUCAGAGGUUCCAGCAAACACAGUAUUUGGCCCUGCCCGAGAGAGCAGAGCUAGCGGCCCAGCUUGGACUGACACAGACACAGGUGAAAAUCUGGUUUCAGAACAAGAGGUCCAAAUACAAGAAGGUAAUGAAGCACGGCUCCAGUGUGCAGGACGAAGACCAGCCAGCCAGCUCAUCUGCAUUGACUCCCUGUUCCCCAAACAUGCCCCCCUUAUGGGAUAUUCCCUCAACUGGAAAAUCUGCUCCACUUUCCUGUAACUACUUGAACAGUUUCAGUCCUUGGUAUCAACCUCAUGACCCGAUGUCAAGACAAUCAAUGAUGUGAUGAUGUUUCCAUAAACGCUGAUCUUGUGCAGAUGUCCAGCAAGGGCCAUGUAGACUGAGUAUUUACAUCUCCCAUGGAGAAGUACUUUCCAACUUAUCAUUUGUAAACGUGUUGGAUCGCUCACAGAGACUUUCUUCAGUUUGAAGAAAACAACUCAUCUAUCAUCUAUCUAUCAUAUGCAAAGCAAACACUAUUAUAGGCAUCUCAGUACAGAGACUUAUAGAUCUAUGGUUAUUGGGAAAUGUCUGCAAAUAAUUCACUUCUCAUAACCAAGACUACUAAGAUUGCCUUAAUUUUAUUGUUUUCUUCCCUUAUUUCUAAUAGCACAGACCAUAGGAUAUUAACAUGACUGUAACAAACCCAGUGCUGAGGGGGAUAGGCUGUGGCUCACAGAAAGUCAAAAGGGUCCAAACGGGACAUAUGCCCCUGAUGAACUCUUACUUUAACCCAUUGAUAAGUACACUUCAAAAAUCCCAUAGGAAUGAAUAGAACAUGGGUGCAUGUAUGUAUUAUGUUCUUAACUCACAUUUUAAUAAAUGUGCCCCUUAGUGUCAAGAACAAGUAUUUACCAUUGCGUUAUACACCAAUAAUGAUAGAAAUCAAUGUGCCCCACUUCCUCCUCUGGCAGUCAGUAUUUAUAGAUUUGAGCCUGCUUUGCUCUGCACCUUCGUUGACAUCAGAGAUGAGCAGGUAAGGUGCAAAUAUAUAAAUACUGACAGCUUGACGGGUCAGGUGUGGGUUGGAAAUGGGCAAUCAGGGUUGGGUAUGGGUUGGAAAUGGGCAGCUAGGGUUGGGUAUGGGUUGGAAAUGGGCCGUUAGGGUUGGGUAUGGGUUGGAAAUGGGCCGUUAGGGUUGGAUAUGGGUUGACGUUUUGUUGACCCACACAUUACUAUUUCCCAAUCUAUUCAGGAGAGUUAGAUGCACUCAGACAUGCCCAUGGCUCAUCUGUCAUGCCAGAGAGGACCUACUGGAAGCUCCAAUAAAGACCUAAUUUUUAAAAGCCACGAUCAUUGUAGCCCAAUUGGAAGGAGGCACCAUAUAUAAUCUAUUAAAUAUGUGAUGAACGUGAUUUAAAAAAUGCUAUAUGCCCUGUUUAUAAGUUUGCAUUUGUAGUUAUCAACACAACUCACAACUUUAGAAUCACGGCCAUUUCCAAACAGGCAGUAGUCUGAGGGUUUCCUGGCAUGCAGAGUGCACUUGCAACACUUUUCAUUAUAGCAGAGGCAGCACAGGUGCAAUGGUGCGCCCAACAAGUAGCCGCAACUUGCCAACAACAUAUAAAGCAACUACCUAUUGUGAAUAGCAUCAAUGCGUGCUCAGUUUUUAAUCCAUACUUGCACCCAUAAAGGAGCCCUAGUAUCUCAUUGUAUGGAACAGAAUGUUUGUUGUAGGACAGUUCUUGAUUUCAGGAGUAGUAAAUAUAUCCCCUGACAGCAAAUAUUUAAUAAAAGGAAUAGAAAUAAGGAAAGGCAGAGCUUGGCAAUACACAAUGGAAGAAGUCAAUCCUUUAGAGACAUGUUUUUUUAUUUUUCAUUAUAUAUUUAAUGAAUUGCAGACUAUUAUAUUAUUUUGAGCUGUAGUAUAGACCUUUUCCUUUUUUUACUUCAAAAGACUGACGUUGGGUGUAUGCACAUAUUUAAAUCCUUGUUUAUGUACAAAUCAUGCACAUUUUAACCUUAAUUUAUUUGGUAUCAUGAUUUCUCAAGCUAGGGCUUUGCCAAACUAGGACCUUCUCAAGUAAGGUCUGCUCAAGCUAAGGCUUUCUCAAACUAGGACCUUCUUCAGGAUUUUGACUGCUUGUUUUCUGUUCCUGCCAGCGAUCCUGGACUACAUUUAUUAUGUUAACAGAACCCAGGGAUAUAAGGUUCAUGGAACUAUAACACUAAAUCAUGGUUUCUUAAGCUAGGGCUUUGCCAAACUAGGACCUUCUCAAGCUAGGACCUUCUGAAACUAGGACCUUCUGAAACUAGGUCCUUUUUCAACCUUUUGACUGCUUAUUUUCUGAUCCUGAGAAAGAUCCUGGACUACAUUUAUAAUGUUUACAGAACCCAGGGAUAUAAGGCCCAUGGCACUAUCACACUAAAUUUCUUUUUUAUUUUAUUUAUACAUGUUGUCACCGUGUAUUACGGGCCCAGGACAUUCAGCUUCAGCUUGGAAAAUAUCCUGGCUAUGAUUAUGAUUAUUAUUGUCUUGAUUUUGUGUAAAUGUCAUAUACCCCUCUCCAUUUAAUGUAUGCAAAGUAAUGUAUUUUUCAGUGCUUUGUAUGGAACAGUUCAAUAAUAAGCUAUUAAAAUUUGCAGAAAAAAUUUGUAGU